AAUGGUUUUAUUAGAAGUUAUUAAAUCACUAAUUAAGUGAAAUCUAUAAGAAAAAGUCCUGACUACUGACAUCCGUUGAUUAGUCAAAAGUUUAAAGGCAUUAAAGGGUUGUUGUAAAUUAAAUACGGCACUGUAUAAAUGGAGGGUCACUUGGAAUUAGGUCUACAGUCACUUUAAUAUAUUUAGCUUUCAAACGAUUAUUUAAAUAUUUUACCUUUUCUAUCUAUAAGCAGUAUACACACACACCACGAAUUUUAUGGAAAUUUUGGAUUUUAUGGAAGAGAGAAAAUUGCCGAACUUUUACUUCUAUAAACUGAAGAGACGUUUUGCCCAAAUAUUAAAUUUGUUCAGUUCUGAAAAGUCAUUUAGAAUUAUUUAAGAUUUCCUUUAAACUGAAUAUUUUACUAAUCACACAGGAUCACACGCUCCUAAUCUAAACGAUUACAUUAAACCGCUUACUCAGCGUAGUGAUGUUAGUUACCCCCCCCCCCACCACCCCAUUCCCCCUUCUAGUCAGAUUAACAGUUGUACAUUAACUACUCACCCGUCCCCAUCAUAGCAAUCAUCAAACUAAAAUAACUAACACCGUGGAUAUAGCUAGCAGUACUAAGCAGAACAAUUUUGAUUUUGGGGCUAUUUACAUCUAAAGAUGGACAGUAUCAAGAAGAAGAUGGAGAAGUUGGCGAGUGAAACAGCGGAAGCAGAAUAUAGAAUUGCUCAUUUCGAGGAGCUCAAGGCGGCCAAUGAGCUAGAAGCUGAAAAAUAUGAAGAACAAGUCAGAAAUAUCCAGAAGAAGAUGCAGUCUAUGGAGGGACAAUUUGAUGGAUGCACUGAAGAUCUUUUUAAUCAAUCAAUCAAGCUUGAGGAGAUGGAGAAGAAGGCUGGAAAUGCUGAAGGCGAGGUUUCUGGACUAAGAUCUCGUCUUAUCCUACUCCAGGAGAAUACGGAGAAGCAAGAGGAAAGGUUGGCUAAAGCUACGCUAGAACUAGCCGGGGCAUGCUUUCGAGCAGAUACAAGCGUCAGGAAGCGUCAUGAGCUGGAGAACGGAGUGUCAUCAAAUGAGGAGUCGAUAGAUUCCUUAGAACGUCAACUUCAUGAUGCUCAGUUCAUGCAUGGAGAAUCAGAGAGGAAAUAUGAAGAUAUUUACAGGAAGCUUGCAACCCUAGAGGCAGACGCAGCACGGGGAAAUGAACGCGCGGAUGGAGCAGAGAAAAAGAUCAGGGAUUUGGAGGAAGAGCUGACUGUAGUUGGUAAAAAUCUACAACUUCUUGAGGUUGGGGAGGAACAAACAAGGAUUAGAGAAGAGAAACUUCAGAUACAAAUAUUGGAGCUCAGGAACAAACUGAAAGGAAUAGAGUAUAGAGGAGAACAGGCAGAGAUGAAUAUACAGAGAUUAAAUGUUAGAAUUGAUCAGGUUGAAGAGGAUUUGCUGCAGGAGAAACUAAAAAUUAAGAAGGUUAGCGAUGAGCUGGAUCAAACCUUUGAUGAUAUGCUAAACUUGGCAGUUUAACCAAAUUAUUUAAUUAUACAUAAAAUUAUUGUAAUAACAGUAGAAUUUAGAUUGCCAAAUAUAUAUAGUAAUUAAAAAUGUAA